UUCACCAAGAGGCAGGGGUGCGCCAAGCCAUUUGUAUUUUUUAACUGUACAUGACACAUACAACUGAUGCAAGAGCGACGAUUUGGUAUGCAACAAGUACAACCACACUGUUCCCACCCCAAAUCUCACCUUCCUACUUAUAUCCUGCUUGCAACUCUAGUUCCCUUCCUUUCUUUGUCAGUGACUUCAGAUCAGCAGCAACCAAUUUCGGCUCAUCAUCAAAGAACACAAAGCUUCUUGGGAGAUCAAGAGGAGGGGCAGGUCUCUAGCUAGCGCUGCUUCUUGUUCGGCUGCUGUGGUUAACUGGAUCACCACUUGUGCUACCUCGAAUUGGAUCCAAUCGAUCUGCAGACUCGAAUCGUGAAUAGUUUCUGUGCAUGAAUUAUGAAGAAUAGGCCAAGAAGCAACUAAUUAAGCUAGGAGUUGUCAUCGGCCUGAUUGCGCGCUGCAAGAAAUUGUCAGGACUCAGGAGAAGAAGGAAGACGAAGAACCAAGAAAUAAAUAGCAGGCUAGCAGUAGCUGAAGCUGGCCAACCAGUGGUGGAACGAAGGGCGGCUGGGCCUCCCUGUACCCACGGAGGUGCCGCCGCUUUCCUCCUCAAGCCUCGACAUGGAGAACCAGCCGGGUAGCCAAGACAUGGUGGCGCCCUGCCAGGACGGGGAGCAGAGUCAGAGCGGCACAGGUGGCCACGACGACGACCGCGAGAACGUCAACGGCGAGCCUAAGGAGGGCGCGGUGGUGCCGGCCAACCGGCGCCCCCGCGGCCGGCCCCCGGGGUCCAAGAACAAGCCCAAGCCGCCCAUCUUCGUGACCCGGGACAGCCCCAACGCGCUGCGUAGCCACGUCAUGGAGAUCGCCGGCGGAGCCGACAUCGCGGAGUCCAUCGCCCACUUCGCGCGCCGCCGGCAGCGCGGCGUCUGCGUGCUCAGCGGCGCGGGGACCGUGGCCGACGUCGCCCUGCGCCAGCCGGCCGCGCCCGGCGCCGUCGUGGCCCUCCGGGGCCGCUUCGAGAUUCUUUCCCUCACCGGCGCGUUCCUCCCGGGCCCCUCCCCGCCGGGCGCCACCGGCCUAACCGUCUACCUCGCCGGCGGGCAAGGGCAGGUGGUCGGAGGCAUCGUGGUCGGCUCGCUCACGGCGGCUGGGCCUGUCAUGGUGAUGGCGUCCACGUUUGCGAACGCGACCUACGAGAGGCUGCCGCUGGACGAAGAAGACGAGGAAGCCAUGGAAGGCCGGUCUGCCGGCGGUGUCGCUCCAAUGAUGGGCGGUGGGCUGCCCGUGCCCGAUCCAUCGGCGAUGCCAAUGUACGGAGGCGUGCCACACAACCUGCUCCUGCCUGGAGGGGGCCAGCUCGGCCAUGGCGCCGAAGGGAGUACAUGGCCGCAGGCACGCCCGCCGUACUAGAGGUAGAGGAUCGGCAGUGAUUGGUGCAUCGCCAUGGCUGGUUAGCUUCAAGCGAUCUAUGAAGGCCAUGUUUGCAAGCAUGGAGCAGCCCUACAUCACAAUAAGGACAUGCACAUUUCAAUUUCAGCAUAUAUAUGGCCGGAGUAUAUUUAACUAGCUGGUAAGUACUGCAUUGUUUGUCAUAUAUAGGCAUAUAUAUUAAGAUCUUGCAUGGAAGAAACUGUCUGAUUGUAUGGUACCUGAACCUUUAUCUAUCGCAUUAUGACAUUGAAUCUCUUGCUGAUUUGAUUGGAUCAUAUACACUUUA